UCAAAGUCCUACUGGGGGCUUUCACUUCAACUUGUCCGUGUCAUCAAGUAGCUUACAAUGUCCAAAUGAAGGUGCGACUUCAAGUUAACUAACUCGUCUUUGAACUUAAUUAUAAGAUGUUAGGAUAUUAGAACCAAAAAGAAAACUUCAAUUUGUAACCAUUACACGAACUCGCGCGAUUCGUCAGAAUCUUUACCCAUCUUUACCACUUUCAGAUGUAAGGUCAUCAUGUGUUCCUUCCAAAGGCUAUUAUUCUUCAUCUUCUUGUUCUUUCUGUUAAAAAAUUCAGUUACAAGUCAUCGAGAUAAUUGUCCAAUCUCUAGAUGUGGUGAAAUUUCAAUUCAAUACCCAUUCAGUAUUAAUGCCAAGGACAAUAAUAAUCAUGGUAACGAUUUUUUUAGUAAAGGGUGUGUCUAUCCUCGUGGGUUUGGUGGUCUAUCGUGUAGAAACGGAACCAAAACGAUACUCAAACUCCCAUCUUAUGGAGAAUUUGAUGUUCAAGGUAUUUCUUAUACCACACAAGAGAUACAAUUGUCUGAUCCCGGUGGAUGUCUUCCGAGACGUUUCCUUCAUCAUAAUCAAGGAUAUUCAGGAUUUUCGAGCUACGAGUACCAGGCUAACUCUUUUAUCUUCUAUAAUUGUUCCACAGAAGGUUACUCUAAUCUUACAAGAAAAUACGCAAAUGAAUCAACUUCGGUAUUCUACGCAAUCGACUGUCUUAGUAGUUUAACGCGCGUAAUUUUGGCCAUAGAUUAUUGGGAUGAUACGACGAUUAGGCAUUCUAUGAAGAAAAGUAAGUGUAAGAAAAUAGAAACGGUUAUUGCUCUAGCUCCGUUGGAAUGGCCGCCGUACAGUGAAGUUUUUUAUCCGCUCAAAGUUAAGAUUCUUUCUCUCAAAUGGUAUAUACAUGAGGAUGAGGAACCUCCGAAAGAUGAUCUUUCAAAAGGCAUAAUUUACAGUCUUAUAAUUGUUGGAUCGGCACUGCCAAUUUUGAUUGGCAUAGCUUGGUGCUGUUGCAGGAAUGACGAUCAGAACCACCAAACACAGACUGAGUUAUCAACAGCUGGCCUGCUUCUACAACAAUCCAGUCCUGCUAGGAGUGGUCUUGACGAGACUACUAUACAGUCAUAUCCGCAAGUGGUACUAUGCCAAAGUCGGAAAUUUCUUAAUCCAGAAAAUAUUACUUGUUCUAUAUGUCUUGCAGAUUAUACGCCUAAAGAUACACUUAAGAGCAUACCUGAAUGUAAUCACUACUUCCAUGUUAAUUGUAUCGAUGAAUGGCUUCGUGUGAACGGGUCGUGCCCUGUUUGCCGGAAAUCCCCUCUUCAAUCUUCACUUGCUGUUCCUCCAGCACAGACUUGUUAAUACUUGCUUUCGUACAUUUCCAAGGGUUGCAAAACGCAAAUACGCACGUCGUGCUGCUGUUUCUAAAGGAGCGCCCGGCUUUCCCUAUUGAAUUACAGAUUCAGCGAGGACUAUUUAAGUUCCAUGUUAUGUUUGUUCCAUUAAUGAUUAAUGAUUGUAAAAAAUUUGAUAUCAAAGACUUAAAGGAACACAGUACUAAACUCAA